AUGGCUUAUAACAAUAGCCUUCUCCUCAUUGUGACACUCUCCUCUCUCCUCCUUUCAGGCCAUGCCUAUCGAUACACAGGAAUGUCAAUCUGGUUCACUAAUCCAGCCCCGGCCCCGGCCCCCGGCCCGGUCACCGCUGAACCCACCGAUCCAGUUAACGACUUCUUCAGCGGCUUGAACGACAACCUCAACCUCGACCUUGGCCUCAACCUUGAAGGUGAUGCAAAAUCCAAGGCCCAGCAGAUCGCGGAUUUCUGCAAUGGCAUCCAGAACCCUGAUUUCUGUGCCGAAACCAUUGCACCAUUCGUGAAGGGGAAAUUCGAUCCAAUCAAGGCCCUUGAAACUCAGAUGAACGCCGCCCUCAACCAUUCGUUGGAGGUUGUGGCGGAAAUCGCGAAAUCACUGAAGGACCACGCCACCCCAAAGAAGGCAAUGGCUGCUCUGUCCAUCUGCAAGGAGUGCUACGACAAUGCAGUAGAUGCCAUCAAUGAAUCUCUUGAGCUGGUGAACCAGGACAACGCGAUGAUGCUUUCGUUGAAUCUCCAGGAGCCAUCAACCCUAUUUCUAAAGAGGCUAUUAAUGCUGCUAGUCAAUUUAUUUCAAAGUCCUUGGUGA